GCGCGUCAGCAUACAGCGCGCUCGUACACACUACGUGACUGAAAUCGUACGAAGAAUUUCUCUCCCCUUUUGAAAAACAAAAAUAUGCGCUCUGAUUUCAGUUCUUCAGUUCUUAUCGAGCUAUGUUCGGGAUCGGAAGCAAAUAUUGAAUAAAUUUCGUAUCAAACACACACACAAUACAGUUUUAAUUCGCGAUAAACAAACAUACAGAGAGGAAGAGAAAAGAAAAAUAUCGAGAGACGAAAACGAAAGAGAAAAAAAAUAAGUAAUACGCACAACAAAUACACAGUUUUUUCCUUUCUCUUUUAUUUCGUUUAAUUUCGUUCCGUUCUUCGGUCGUUUUUUUUUCGACAUCGUCAAUCCGAUGGGAAUGAAUUUAUCGAAGACUCAAUUUUAUUUCUGUGAUGUAAAAAAAAUACCCAAGCAAAAUGAAAGCACGUUUUGUAUAAAUUUCAAUCGAGUAGAUAAAAAAAAAUGAAAUAAUCUAUAUGUAUAUUGUUCAUACAAAAUAUCGCUAUCAAUUUUUCACGAAUUACGCAAAAUAGAAUUAAAAAAAAAAAACAAAUAAAAAAGAGAUACGUCGACGGGAAGUAAAAAAAUAAAUAAAACAAGAUAAAAAGUAGGCAAGGCAAAGAGAUUAAAAAAUAAUGCGUGUAGAUGCGGUGAUGAAUUAACCUUUGGAAUUAACGAGGAAAAAUUGUAAUAUCAUAUAGUGUAAAAUCUUAUCUGUAUCUCUCGAAGUUGAGCCAAGGCUCAUCCGUUUUCGAUUCCUUCGUUCUUUCUUCCUUUCAUUCGUUCAUUCAUUCAUUUUUCUGUUUGUUGCUAAAACAAUGUGCUCUUGUGAUAAAAAUUAUUCACGUCGCUGAUUGAGAUAGACAAACGAGAUAGAAUGUGUAUGCCGUUCUCCGCGCCGCGAAUGGAAGCGAAGUGUUCGAAGGUGUUUCUAUUUCCAAGGAAAACAAAUAAAUAAACAGAGUGAAUAAAUAAAUAAAUGGUGUAUUGCUGCUGUCAAUUUCAUGAAAAUGUGUGUUCAAUGCUGGAGAAAAUCGACCAACUUCAACUAAAUCGAAUGGAUAAGUGAACAAUAUUGAGACGACGAGUAAACGAACGAGAUAGAGAAAUCGAGGCAGCACAAGGAUACAAGAGCAACAACAACAACAACAUACCAACCACCAUCACCACAUCACACGGACUGGAUAUUUAUUCGUUCGAUUGGGUCUCUAUUCGAAAGCCCGUUUUGAAUGAGUUGAAGUCAUUAGAAACGAAUAAAACGUUUCGUUUGACGGCCGAGUUUCGUCUUUUUAUUUUGGAUGUGUAGCACACUUUGGUAGACUCAUUUCGACGAAAAGUUGAAAGGACGCACACGCUUAUUCCAAGCUUUAGAGCAAAAGAGAGAGGGACAGAAAAAAAAAAGAAAAAUGAGUUUUUUCAAUUCGCUUCAACAGUAUGUGACGAGCGGUGUUGCUGGUUUGGGUUUGAGUCCACGACGUUUUUCGCUGUCACGUCAGGAAUCAACUGAACCACAGCAACCACCACCACCGUCAACGCAAACGGAACGAAGAGAGAGCAACAAUUCCCAGCAUCAUGGCUUCCCAAAGGUAGUACCAGCACCGGGCACGAUAACACCACCACAAAGCCAGGGUUCGAUCCGAAGACAAUCACGUGCAUUGGAAUGUUUGGCACCACCGCGCAAAGGAUCAUUUCGUACGCAACGUGUAUCGCCAGUACAUCAAGCGACGCCAUUAGAUCGACCACCAUUGGCAUUUUGUAAGCGACGUUUGUCAUGGCCGGAAGUGGAAACUCAGUCAACAUCUGGAAUUCAGGAAACAGAUGGAGGAUACUUCGAAGCAUUCACGGCUUUAGCAUGGAAACGAGAUAACCGUCGCAUGUCAGCGGUACGAACAGCCGAAACUCGUGCCGAAAUGAUACCCGAGAAGGAGCACGAUGCACAAGCCAGCGAAGAAUUCAACGAUACACCCGACGAAAAAGAGCAAUUAUACAUUGAAGUACUGCAAACGAUUGCGAAUGCCGUGGGUGCGCCAGCUCCCGGUGGCCAGUUUCAACACUACAAAGAUGAAAUGUUUUUGCAAGCGCAGCGCGCUUUCGGUGUUUCGCCUGACCGUCACUAUCGAUUGUUGCAUGCAGCUGCCGAAGAAAAACCAAGAAUCAUCGUAUUGAACGUGCUAGUGCAAGCAGCUGAUAACUUAGAAGCGAAAGAUGCAAACGGAUUCAGUGAUCCGUAUUGUAUGCUCGGAAUUCAACCGGGUGGAACGACGCCAAUUUCGCCUUUGCCACCACCAAUGACACCUCGAACAUUGAGCGACGUAGGCUUCGACAAUAAUCUAGAUUCGCCACAUCAUAGCGAUAAAUUACGCAAACACCAUAGUUUCCGGCUGAGUUUUAAGCGAAAAGAUGGACGACGCGAGCACAGAGAUUCACUCAAUGGUCCAGUACCUGCGAAAUUUAUUCGUGCUACAUCCAUUAAAUCGCAUACAUUAUCACCGAAAUGGCAUGAAAAAUUCAAGUUUGACGUAGACGACAUAAAUACGGAUAUAUUUCAUAUUGAUAUCUGGGAUUGGGACGACCCAAACGAAAGCAGUGUUUUAGACGCGGUAUCUCAUUUAAAUGAAGUACGAACGGUUCGUGGUUUAGGUAGGUAUUUUAAGCAAGUGUGUCAGUCGGCUAGACAAGGAACGCAAGACGAUUUUUUGGGUUGUGUCAACAUUCCAAUUUCGGAAAUCCCAUCAACUGGUAUUGAAUCGUGGUUCAAAUUAGAGGCAAGAAGCCAUCGAAGUGUAGUUCAAGGGAGAAUUAAGCUAAAACUGUGGUUAUCAACACGUGAGGAUCGUGGUCAUUCGGAAGAGGAUGAGGGUUCAUGUGAUCACGAUAUAUGGACAUUGCAGCGAUUACAUAAGGUGAUGAUGUCACAUGAGAUUGCCACACAUGAACCAUCUUGGACGUGGAGCGGUGAUUUACCCGGGCCAGCAUUGACCAUUUUACAUCAAAUGGCCGUUCAGAGUGAUUUAUCUGAUUUACAGUGUACGGCCGCUCGAUUCAUCGCAGUGUCCAAUUUAAAUCGCACCACAGCCAUUGAUCCAAAAUUCAUUCAUCGGCUGCUCCUCGAUGUCGAUCGAUUCUGGAAUCAACCGAACCAAAAGAAAUUGUCACGCGAAGCGGAACAAUGGUUGGCCGAAGCGUUUAACAAUUUCAUCGACAAAUCGCUGAGUCAAAUUAGGAAACACCGUGAUAUAUUUCCCGCAUUACAUCCACCGUCGCUGAUACGUUUGGAGUUUUUGCUAAAAUGCCUGGGCAUAUUUAGCAAAUUCCAAGCAUACAAACAAGUAUGUCCGUUUAGCAAGGGCAUACGUGGUGAGGUAGUUGGUGCUCUGCGCAAAGGAUCCAUUCAAUGGGCACAAUUUUUUCUACGCGAAUCACAACGACUUUACAGCUCGUUGAUUUACUUCGUAACCACAAUAAUCGCAAACAUUCAGCUAGGCUUAAUCUACUAUCAUUCAUUGUUUGAUACGACAAUCGGUGUUCAAUACUUUAGCAUUGUGUAUAAGCAAUUCGAUGUCAUCAUAGCCGAAGAGGUGUCGUCACGUAUGGAAACCGGUCAAGUGCUCGGUCCAUCAUUGAGUCAGUGCACAGUGCUUGAAGGCGAUAAAGAGCCAGCCGAUACACGGCCCUUCGAACUGUACUUAGUGUUGCAAGAAUUUGAAUCGUUAAAAAAUCAUCUUACAAUAUUGCCGCAACCACCGGAAAAACCAUUGGCACUUCAAAAUUACCACGAUUGGUUUGUACUCGCGGUGCAACGAUGGAUUAUGGUUGGCAAAGCGAAAGCUUUGAAUCGUGUACGAGCGGCGAUUUCAUUAGAUAAAAUAUCGGAAGGUGAUCGAAUUGUGCGUCACACUACGUCAUCGGUGGAUGUGGCCGAUAUUCUGUAUCAGAUGCGUGAAUUUUGGAAGCUACUCAAUUGGCCGGAUCUUAAUUCGGCUCAAGCGUUUGAAUCUCAACUGACUGAUGCCGUGUGCUCGUGUGUCAUUCACUAUGCGGAUUUGAUUCAUCAGCAACUCGCCGAUACGGGCUACUAUGAGCAUCAAGGGCCGUUCCGCACGUCAGACGAUAUGUGCGUUACGGUCAACAAUCUGGAACAUGUGCGACGCGCUUUGGCCGAAUAUCAAACGGACAAAUCAGAAGUAUCGAAUCAACCGGACCAAUCGGAUAUUUUACUUGAUUCAACGUUAACUCAAUUAGAGAAUCGUGUUGACCGUGUUCUUAGCAAAUUGGCACCAUCGAUGCAAGUUCCACUACAAAAGGCUGUUUUCCACUUGGCCUGGUCACCCGAAUCGUUGCCCACGAAUCAGGCAAUCGUUCCGUUGCUCGAAUACUUGGACGUACACUUAUCGGCACUGAAUUCAGCAUUACUCAUGAAAAAUUUCAACCGUGCACUCACACUGAUUUGGAACACCGUUCUCAAUGAAUUGUCACGGCAAAUGGAUACGGGCGGUGAAGGUGAAAAAACCAAAAACUUUCACGAUCGAUUGUAUGAAGCGUUGCAGUUGCUCGUUGACUUUUUCAAUGCCGAAGGAUUGGGUUUGCCGCUCGAAGCAUUGCACAAUGAUGCUUAUUGGAGAGUCGAUCAGCGUCUACAAUACCACAAGAAAGACACGGAAAAACUAAUUGACCUCUUUUAUUUGCAACGUCUACAAGAGCAAAUGAUGGUCACAUCGCCGGGUCCGUAUGGCGUUUUAGCGGUUCGUGCAUACUUCAAUCAUGAUUCAUUGUGUGUCGAAGUGUUACAUGCUCGAGAUAUCAUUCCAUUGGAUCCAAAUGGAUUCAGUGAUCCAUUUGUGAUUGUUGAACUGCUGCCCCGCCGCAUAUUCCAAUAUUGCGGCGAACAACAGACCAAUGUGCACAAGAAAACGCUGAACCCAAUUUUCGAUGAAUGUUUCGAGUUUUCGGUAACACUUGAACAGUGCUUAGCUGAGGGUGCAAUGAUCGCAUUCACCGUUAUGGAUCACGAUGUUUUGACUGCAAACGAUUUUGCCGGAGAAGCAUUCUUAGCAUUAGGGAAUAUCCCCGGUGUGGCCGACUACAGUACGAGCAUUGAUAACUUUCAUGGACUAAAGCAAGUGGAUUUGCCGUUGAUGCAACAAAAUGAUAAAAAUCAUCCAAUUCUCCAAAUUUUGGAGUCUCGCACCAGUGACAAGCAAGCAGUGGACUUUGUGCGUAAGCAAAAAGCUCGUCUCGCAUCUUAAUUUCAUUCAUCGCACACACACAGCAUUUGAUGACCUUUUAUCAACCAUCCAACCGCAAUUCGCCAAGCAAAAGCAAAAGCAAAACCAGAACAAAUGAGAAGAAAAAUGGACGCAAGCACACACUUGAAUGAAAUUCCCUCAGAAAAUUAGUAGAUGCAAACUUUUGUAAGUCAACGUUUCAUUAAUGCACUCUAGGUUUUAUUGAAAUUCUAUCGAAUCACAAUUAAAUAACACUUGCUUCGGCUAAUUCACACACACACAAAUACAUAAACGUACACAAAGUCUGUCAUUCGCCCAAAACAAAAGAAUAAUCAAAUUUAUACAAUUGAAAUAGUGAAAUGGAAAAUGGUAUGAAAAUUAAUAAUGAUUAUGAACGAUCUCACUAGAUGAGCAAUUAUUUUAAUUUAUUUCGCUCGAAUCGCGCGCAUCCAGUAAAAGAGACAGAGAAAAUAAUAAUUAAUGGGAAGUCUAGAAGAAGAAAAAAAUUAGUGUAUCAUUAUCGCUUGAACCUAUCACAGCGGCAUACAGAAUAUUAUAGAAUUGCGUACACGCAGUCCGUCAAUUGACUCAAAGAUGAAACAAAUGAGAGCGCUCAACAGUUACGCAAUAGCAACGAUAGAAGAGAAACGAAAAUGAAAAUAUAGAAGAGUCGACAUUUGAAUCGAAUGAUUUGAUUGUAGAAAUGUUGGCUAUUUGAAACCAAUGCAUCUUCCCGGCCGUUCGUACGACAGAACACGACAGCGAAAUGAAUUACGUGCAAGCAUAUUGCUUGGGAUAAGAGUUCGAAGAUGCUUGACGACAAAGCACUUGAAGUAAUUGUGUUAUUUUCAUGGUCGACAACAGCAAUCGAUCAACGCUCAUCUUGCAUAUAUAAUUACUCGAUUCCCAUUUAGUUUGAGACCAAUUUUGAUUUUGCGUUCUCCUCUUCAACUAGCAACUACUUGGCUCUCGUCAUCGUCGUUGACGUCGUCGUCCGUUCAAAAUGAGCAUUUGCCUCGUUCAUGGCACAAGUUGGGAACAGUGAUUCGAAAAAUGAAAUGCAAACAGACAUACACAGUACACACACACACACACAGCGUAAAAUUGAUGAAACAAUGUGUUGUUUGCAAUUCGUGUGGAAAUGGAAUAUGGAAAUUUGAAAAAGAAGAGAGAGAGAGAGAGGAGAUGCUGAUAUUACACACAAAUAACGAAUCAUAUACUUUUUACAAGGAACAAACAAACAAAAAUUAUCCCACAAAUGGCACAUGCUCUCCCGAAUUUCAAAUAUCUCACUUUUGAAUGACUAUACAAUCUAUUCAUAUAGACGAGAACUUGAGAAAUAGGACAAAUUAAUUUACUUUCUAUGCUGUAUAUAUACAUGUUGAUUUUAUGUACAAUCAUUUUAUUUUUGGAAAUGUAUAACAUUAUCAAUAUCAAAUAUCCAUAUUAUGUAUCACACACACACAGACCCCCCCCCCCUCCCGAAGAAAAAGUCUUCAACAUAAGUUUUGUGUGUGUAUAAUAAAAUUUUGGAGACAAAUUAUUAUUAUUAUUCAAAGCAAAUCAACUGAUACAAUCCAAAAGAGGACACGCUCAAUAGAAUUGCUGUGCCACAUUUAACUCUUAAGAAUGUCCAUCAUUUCUCAUUCUACGUUUUAUAAUGCAAUUUUUUUUUGAACAAACUGACCCACCUACACACGCGCGCUGUAGAAAAAUACAAAACAACAACCUGAAAAUGAAUCGACCACUUUUUUCCCUUUCGAUAUUUUUCCACUCUACCGUUUGGAGUUUAUGAAUUUUUCGCGACAAAAAAAAAUUGCUUGAGUCAAGUGCACCCGAACGAAAAGACAUUUCAAUUAAUUUAUUCAAUUCAGGCACUUGAAUCAUUCUUAGCUCUGUGCGAAAACCCACCAAAUCGACCUGACCUACACAAUACAAAAAUUAAUCCCAAAAAUAUCGUUUGAGCGGCGAUAGAAGGCGACAUUUUGCAUAGGUUCGGGAAUAAUUGAGGCUGUGAGAAUGAAAAUGGCAAUACAGGAAUAAACAUUCUGAAGCGCAUCAAGAAAAAAAAAUUCGCAAAAGUGAAUCAUGAGUUCUGAAUACGCAAAAGUGAACCAUGAAUCUUCUAUGCUGCCCGUGUAAAUUCAUGUUUCACUUUUGCAUAUUCAGAACUCAUGAUUCAUUUUUGCGAUUUUUUUUUCUUGAUUCAUUUCAGAAUGUUUAUUCUUGUAUUGCCAUUUUCAUUCUCACAGCCUCAAUUGUUUUUGCUGUGUAGGCAGACUUGAUUUUUUUUUCUCGUGUAUCCAUUUGAUCUUGCUAAACGUUUCUUUUUUCUCUAUUAUUGACUAACGAGCUUAAAACCUGUAACCGUUCCAUAACUAUCUCAAGACAUGAAAAUUGGUACCAAAACUUGAUGGACGCAAAAAAACCAAAACACAACAACAACAACAAAAAAAUACGAUCAAAAAAUUCCUUCAAACUUCCAAUGACGGAAAACAAACUAUCUUUUUUCUACUGUUUUAUCGAUGUUUUAACUAAAGUUAAAUGAAUUAAAAAGGAACAAGAGAAUCAUAUUUUUAAACUUAUUUAAAUUACACACAGAAAUGACUGAUUCAAAAAUUAAAUUCACACUGACAAUUUGUGCAAAGACUAAUUUUAUCCCAACGUUUUCUAUUAAGAGAGAUUAAGGAUAGGAGUGCAGCGUAGAGAUAGAGACAGGGAGAGAGAGUGAGAGAGAACGGAAUUGAUUUCUAUUUAUUGCGCAUAUGAGCGACAGGAGAUUGAAAUGAUUAUGUGUCAUAAAUAAAAUGUGUCAAAACCAUAUAUACAUAUAAAUAUAUCUAUUCAAAUCAACAAUUAUAGUGUAUAGAGUGAACGUGUAAAAUUGUUGUUGACAACUGGCUUUCGGUGUUUAAUUUGAAGCUCCCUCAGCUUAAAGUCAUAAAUCUCCCCCCACAAAAAGCCUUGUCCAUUUCUAUCUCAACACCUAAUUCGGAAAAUGGCCCAUCUGCAAUUACACACACACACACACAAACACACACACACAUCUAUUUUCUUCCUAUACACACAUACGAGAAAAUUUACGUACGAUUUGUAUCACAAACACACAAAAAUACACACAAACAUAUAUAUUUUUUAUACAAAACAAACUAAAACCAAUCAAAGAUGCAACAAUUCUGACUUGAUCUAAAUGAAAUGAACAACAACAACAUCAACAAAUGAAAAAAACAAAAACAUUACCAAAGACAUAAUUUUUGGACGGAUUUUUUUGCUAAACUAAAAACCUCACACACACAAAAACAAAUGAAACAACAACAUUUAAGUGACAAUUUAAAUAUUUAUACUAAAUUUUAUACGUUUUAAAACGCAAUGCAUUUUUUCACAUUCUUUUUACAAAUUAUCAUGCAAGACUUUCGUAACAGUGUAAAGGAACAACAAGAAGAAAAAAACCCAAUAACUUCACAUAUUUCGAUUCAAUCAAAAAUGAAAGCAUUAAACCUUAAUCAAAAAACCAAACUUUUGGAACAAGAAGAGUAUUUGCUCUUGAAUACCACCUAUAUAUAUCCCACCAUUUGCCGAAUCUCCCUCCCACUACCACCCCAACGCAACCCACUCACAUUUUCAUGGCCUAAUGUAACUAUGAGUUAAAUACGUUUUUAGAUGGAACAUUUUCGAUUUCUGGAAAAUGUUGACGCAUACUCGCAUGCGGUUUUAUCAAAACACACGAACGGGAAACACACUGUUCUACGUUUUGUAGGUACUAUUAGAAAAUCUAAAUGCUAAUAUUCUCGCAGAUGCCUUUGAAAACUUUUUAUUUCACUGUCUGAAACUUCAACUCCCAUGAAAACAUGCUACAAUCUGUACUAACCAAACUAACAAAUCCAAUAUCCAAGAGAACUUUUCCGAUACAAUUUUCGACACCUCAUGAAAACCAAUCUCAUACAGAUGACUUUCUGCUCACAACGUCCUAACAACUUUUGCUAAUUACCCCAUACGGCAAAGAAAAAACAAAAUACAUAUAUUUAUGCAGUGAUUAUAUAUAUAGAUAUCCGUUUGAAGAAUCAAAAUUUCAACACAACAACCACAUGAAGAGAAUAAAAAAAAACGUCAUAUUUAAAUUUUAAUCAAUUUCUGAUUAUUAUAAAGAAUUAAAGAGAAACAAGAA